GAAUUAUUUGCUAAAACAAUAUAACAAUGGAGGAUGGAGAUGAAAGUGUGCAUCGUUUAGCGGGCUCCUCUGGUGAUGCACCAGGUGGUUUAAUCAUUAAAAAGAAAGACAAACCGCAGGAAUUUCAAUUUGCCAAACCUUCCUUGUUAGGGUUAGAUAAACUAGCAGCGGCCAAAAGGAAACAAAACAGAUUAAUAUCGUUUCAAACAGAGGAAAACGAAUCGGAAGAAAGUGAAGACUCAAACGACUCUACAGGAGUUAAGGGACGUAAAUAUAGAAAGCACAAUGAAGAAACACCAACAUAUACAGGUGGAUUAUCUGAACAAGCACGAGAACGGAUGCUGGAACGUUUACAAAAAAAAGAAAAAGAAACUAAAGAAAAGGGUGUUCACUACUCAACUAAAGAGGAACAGAAAUUGAAGUCACGGGAUGAUGAUGAUCGCUCAUAUCUGAAUCGCUAUGAUCGAAGAGACCGUGACAGAGACAGAAGAAGAGAUGAUGAUUAUAGGAAAGAUAGAGACAGAAAUAGAGAUAGAGACUCUGACAGGAGAGAAAAGGAUAGAGAUAGAAGAGACUCGGAAAGAGGUAGCUCAAGACGAAGUUAUUACGAACCGAGAUUCAAAGAUGAACCAAGAACUCCAAAUCUUAAAGUCCUCAAACCAACGGAUAAAACAGCAUGGGAUGAUGAUGAUGAUGACCCUAAAGGUGCAGUAAGGAAGUCUAGCUGGGACUUCCCUACACCACUGACACGGGACUCGAGUUCCGGAGAUAGGUCACAAAGAAGUGAACGGGGAAGACCAUUGAGAGAUAAUAAAGGAAAACUAUAUGAAUACUCUUCCAGAGCAACACCACAUAAAUGGGCGUCAUCUCGGCGUGUAGUUGAUAUAGACGAUCCUGACUGGGAGGAGGUGGAAAAGAAACUGGACCGAGCAUGGUACAACAUGGGUGAAGGAGAAACUGAUGAAUCAGAUCCAUUCGCGGGUACAAGUUCAGAAUACAUAGCACGUAAAGAAGAACAGAUUGAGAAGCGACGUAAUCGCAAAGUGUCCGCCGCGAGACAGCAGAUUGAUAGAGACAACGAGCUGUGGGAACGUAACCGUAUGCUGACCAGCGGUGUGGUACAUGCUGUGAAUCUGAACAGUGAUAUGGAUGAGGAAAGUGUUGACAGAGUACAUCUAUUGGUACACAAUAUAGUACCACCAUUCCUCGACGGUAGGAUUGUGUUCACCAAACAACCGGAGCCUGUUAUACCGGUGAAAGAUCCGACGUCAGACAUGGCGAUCAAUGCACGUAAAGGAUCAGCUCUGGUCAAAGCAUUCAGAGAACAGAAGGAGAGGAAGAGAGCGCAGAAGAAACACUGGAAAUUAGAAGGCACUAAAAUUGGUAAUAUAAUGGGUAUACAAAAGGAGAAGGAAGAGAUAGACGAUGGUCCGACCAGACAGGCGUACAAGUAUGCUGAACAUAUGGAUAAAGAAGGACAAGAGCCGGAAUCGAAGUCAGACUUCGUGAAGAAGAAGACAAUCAGCGAGCAGCGGCGCUACCUGCCCGUGUUCGCCUCGCGCGAGGAGCUCAUGCAGGUCAUCAGGGAGAACAGUGUCGUCAUUAUUGUCGGGGAGACGGGCAGCGGCAAGACGACUCAGCUGACGCAGUACCUGCACGAGGAAGGGUACAGUGAGCGGGGUACAGUGGGCUGCACUCAGCCGCGCCGCGUCGCCGCCAUGUCAGUGGCCAAGCGCGUCGCAGAUGAAAUGGGCUGCAAACUGGGUGAGGAGGUGGGUUACGCGAUUAGGUUCGAGGAUUGCACGUCUCCGAAGACAGUCAUCAAGUACAUGACUGACGGCAUCUUGCUGCGUGAAGGUCUGAGAGAACCUGAUCUGGAUAACUACUGCGCCAUCAUCAUGGACGAGGCUCACGAACGGUCUUUGUCUACUGAUAUGCUGUUUGGACUGCUUCGAGAGGUCGUUGCCCGUCGCUCUGACUUAAAGCUGAUCGUAACGUCGGCUACCAUGGACUCCACCAAGUUCUCCUCGUUCUUUGGCAAUGUGCCCACUUUCACCAUCCCCGGACGCACUUUCCCCGUCGAGACAUUCUUCUCUAAGAACGUCUGUGAGGAUUAUGUAGAUGGCGCUGUCAAACAGGCUCUUCAAAUCCAUCUACAGCCUGAUGACGGUGACAUUCUGGUUUUCAUGCCGGGUCAAGAAGAUAUCGAAGUUACUUGUGAGGUGCUGACGGACCGUCUCGGCGAGCUGGACAACGCGCCCCCGCUGACGGUGCUGCCGAUCUACUCACAACUCCCCGCAGAUCUACAGGCCAAGAUCUUCCAGCGCGCGCCGCCGGGACAGAGGAAGUGCAUCGUAGCCACAAACAUCGCAGAGACUUCGCUGACUGUUGAUGGCAUCAUGUACGUAAUCGACUGCGGCUAUUGCAAGCUCAAGGUGUACAAUCCUAGGAUCGGCAUGGACGCCCUACAGAUCUACCCGGUGAGCCAGGCGAACGCGCGGCAGCGAGCGGGGCGCGCCGGCCGCACGGGCCCCGGCAAGGCCUUCUGUCUCUACACGCAGCGACAGUACACGCACGAGCUGCUGCCAGCCACCGUGCCGGAGAUACAGCGCACCAACCUCGCCAACACCGUGCUGCUGCUCAAGUCGCUCGGCGUGCGCGACCUGCUCGCCUUCCACUUCAUGGACCCCCCGCCGCAGGACACGAUCCUGAACUCCAUGUACCAGCUGUGGAUCCUGGGCGCGCUGGACGGCACUGGCGAGCUGACUGCACUGGGCCGGCAGAUGGCGGAGUUCCCGCUGGACCCCCCGCAGUGUCACAUGCUCAUCGUCAGCGCGGAGAUGGGCUGCAGCGCUGAGGUCCUCAUUAUUGUGUCGAUGUUGUCGGUGCCGUCGGUAUUCUACCGGCCGCAGGGACGCGAGGAGGAGGCGGACGCGGCACGAGAGAAGUUCCAAGUGCCGGAGUCCGACCACCUCACGCUGCUGCAUCUCUACAACCAGUGGAAGGCAAACAACUACUCCAGCUCGUGGUGCACUCAGCACUUCGUGCACGCGAAGGCGCUGCGCAAAGUGCGCGAAGUGCGCCAGCAGCUGCGCGACAUCCUGCAGGCGCAGAGACUGCCGCUCGUCUCCUGCGGCACGCGCUGGGACACUGUGCGCGAGUGUAUCUGCUCAGCGUACUUCCAGCAAGCGGCGCGGCUGAAGGGUAUCGGGGAGUACGUGAACUGUCGCACCGGUAUGCCAUGUCACCUCCACCCCACCUCCGCCCUGUUCGGUCUGGGAAGUCCUCCAGACUACGUGGUGUAUCACGAGCUCACGAUGACCUCGCGCGAGUACAUGCACUGCGUCACUGCAGUAGACGCGCGCUGGCUCGCACAUCUCGGACCUAUGUUCUUCUCCGUCAAGGAGACCGGCAAAUCAAACAGGGAUAAAAAGAAAGAAGCAGCAGUCCACUUGCAGCGUAUGGAGGAAGAGAUGAAGGAAGCGGAACAGAAGAUGGCGGAAGAGAAGAGAAAGAGGGACGAAGAAGUUCCCGUGAAGCAGGAGAUAGCGACGCCCGGCUUGAACACACCGCGUCGUACUCCGCACAGACUGGGGUUAUAGAACCAUUUGUAUACACAAAUAAACGGAAUUAA